AUGCGUCUAGAUCAUUUCCCUAUCCUGACGAAAAUAAAUAUUGAACCCACUUCACGAACGGGGGAAAAGAUGUCUCUAUUGCCAAAAUUGAUAUGGAAAGAUGAAGAAAAGGAUAAUUAUCAAAGAAAGAUAAAUGAAAGUAUACGUAAUAUCGCUGGUGUAAAUCACAUCAACCUCAACGAUAUUAACCAAAUAAUAGUGAAAUCCGCUUCAAAAUUGAUUGAUCACAAAAAGCCUUUUGAGCCGAAAAAUAAAUGGUACAACAAAAACUGUAAUAAUGCAAGAAUGAAAAGUUUUAAGCUCUUAAAGGUGUACAGGACAACAAGGAAUUUGGAAGACAAGAGACGAUAUAUAGUCGCACAAAAAGAGUACAAAACUGUAUGCAGUACCAAUAAAUCCGUGUAUUACAAUACAAUAGCCAACAAAUUAAAUAACAUCAAAAACUCCAAAGAAUGGUGGAAAAUGGCGAAAGAAAUUCGUAACCAAUGUAACCUCGUGGGCUCAAAUAUUACCCCAGAUGCCUUUAAAUCCUACUAUGAAAACUUAUUAAAUAAAUCUCAAGAGACCACUCUUAUUCACUAUGCUCCCCCUUAUAAAAAUGAUAUGGAUCUCGAUAGGCACUUUACGAUGUCGGAACUGCGGAAAAUGCUAGUGAAAGUUAAAAGAAAUAAGGCACCCGGCGAGGAUAGGAUACCAUAUGAGUUCUUCAUAAACGGCACCGAAGAGUUUAAUAGUCUGCUGUUAAGAAUAUACAAUACCAUUUAUUCGAGUGGGGAAAUUGAUCCUGUAUUCACAAAAACUAUUAUUUACCCAAUUCAUAAGAAAGGUGAUCUAAACGAGCCGUCAAACUACAGGGGCAUUUCAUUUAUGAAUUGUGUGGCGAAGUUAUUUAUGGGUCUUAUAAAUGAAAGACUAUAUAAUUGGGUUGAAAACUAUCAAAUUCUUACAGAAUACCAAGCUGGAUUCCGGAAAAAUUAUUCAACGGUUGAUAAUAAAGGGAGCGGAGCACCAACUAAAACUCCUUUCGAUCUAUGGACGCGGUUGAUAUCAUCCAACUCCACAACGAACAUCGAAACCACAGCCACCACGUUGCUCCAAACUGGGGCCUCACCACAAUCGACCAGCUUCGAAGACUUUAACGGUACAGCAGCCUUCAACUCAUCGACAUUUUCGAUGCUGUCUACUAACCACUCAUCCAUCCUCCUUCAACCGUCCAUCAUCACCUACCCAUCCAUCAUCUACCUAUCACCUACCUCCGACUGA